CCAGAAUGCAGUGGGACUAGAGUAGAAGUGCCAUGUACACUUUGAGGGCACUCUAAGAGUACGCUUAGGCAAGUUAAGCGCUCUUUGCAGCUAAAGAGUCUUACAUCAAGAGUCCUUUAAAGAGUGCUAUAGCUCGAUCACUGAUUUAUUUAUAUAGUUAGUCAGUUUGUUUAUUGAAUUCGGAUAUCGCAUCGACCCGAAGAACUUUAGUGGCGACCAACUGCGACCACCGGACAAGAGUUCAAAACAAAACAAAAGAAAGCAUCGCGCGACCUGUCGCCGUGGAUUCACCGUGAGAGUUUAUUUUCGCUGUUUGUUCGUUCAUCUCUGUUUUUGUUGUUGUUUAUGUUUGAAUUGAAUUGCGAGAAACGCGUGUGACUGAUCUACGAUCGAAUGUGCUAGAUAUACUAGUGUCUCCGAAAUUACUGUGGCUAAACGGAAAUCGUAAAUCGCGGACCUGGAGUCCAUGUCUGGAGGUGGCAACUACGGGGAAGGUCCCGUUGUCCAGGACCGGACUGACCUUCAUGGCCUGCUGCCCGAGCUCAAUGGCGUCGAGUUGGCUAUGAGCUUGAGCCCCAAGCAUCAUCAAGGAGGUCCCCAAGUGUUAAGCCAUCUGCAGCAACUACAUCAUUCCACGCCGUUUAGCGUAUCCGACAUCCUCAGCCCGAUCGAGGAGAGUUAUCGCAAGUUGGAAUUGGCCGCGAAUCCACCGUCGCCCUACAGCAAAACACAGAUUGAUUCGGAUCAGUGGUUAGUAAAUCUCAAUCGAUUUAGAUCCACUUCGAGUGGCAGCAGCAUCAAUUCACCUGGUGCAAGCGGCGGUCCUAUCGGAGGCGGUUCGAGCACGUGCGGAAUGAACGGCGGAUAUCCGGUGAUGGGUCAGUUCGGGGGCGGCCAAUAUUGUCCCGUCUCCGAGAAUCUAGGAUUGACUCCCCACUAUUCGCCAGGAUGGUACCAAAGCUCAGCAGCCGACCCCAGAUUUGCAAUUUCUCGUUUAAUGGGGAGCACAGCAGCAGGCGCAAACAUGGGGCAUUCGGGGAUGCCGGGUCUCGGGGCGUGCGCAGUUCCCGAUUCGAAACCGAUGCAAUUUCCGCUCGCGCAGCGCCGGAAGAGGCGUGUCUUAUUCACACAGGCACAGGUCUACGAAUUGGAGAGAAGAUUCAAGCAACAGAAAUACCUUUCGGCUCCAGAACGAGAACACCUGGCUUCCUUAAUUCACUUAACACCCACACAGGUGAAAAUUUGGUUCCAGAAUCACAGGUACAAGUGUAAGAGACAGGCCAAGGAGAAAGCAAUGGCGGAGCAGAACCAGCACAAUCAGUCGUCGAGUUCACCACGUCGAGUGGCAGUGCCCGUGUUGGUGAAGGAUGGAAAACCGUGCUCCGGAGGAUCUUCAAAUCAAAAUUCAGGUGGAGUCUCGUCUUCGGAUGUGGUCAGCAGGAGUCAACAAUCGUCGGUUUGUCAGCCUCAGCAGCAGAACCAGUGCAUGUCAAAUGGUGGAGGAUUAUCGAUGGCAUACCGACAGCAGGCCACAAACUACCAACAACAGUGUGGGACUUAUUUGCCGUUACAGGCGAGGGCUUGGUAGUACGAGCAGACCACAAGUCUUUACUUGUAAAUACUCAGAAGCCCAGUAGUUUGCUUGCAGUAUAUAUUUCUUGUAGAAAUUGUAGAUACACCGGAGAGUUUAAGAACAACACGCGACUUUGGCCUCGACAAAUUCAUCGAGCCUCUGUCGCCGCCAAAGUCAUAUUUCAUUAUUUUAUUUUUUUGUAAAUAUCUUCUGAGGCUGAGCUCUGAAAGUCCGAGCACUUAUAAAGCUUAGCCCACGAACAUGAAAUGUUACAUACUAGUAUGAAUAUAUAUAUUAUAUUUCCAUUUUUAAUUAAAUUAAAUUAAAGUAGGUUCAUAUUUAGGUAUGAUUGUGUUGGUGAUAUGUAGUGUAAACUAGUUCUGCAACGAGGAUAGAUGAUCGAGAUCUUUUUAUUUUUCUACCGAAAGAUCGUGCAAUAUAAAUAGUGUCUUUUUCGUUAAACUUUUUGCAAUUAACCGAGGACAGCUAACGAAACGUACAAAAUGAAUACAUCGAUAUAAUGAUUCGUUUCCGAAAGAAAAACAUAAAUAAUAAUAUUAAUAACAAACAAAUCAAUUUACAUGUAAAUAUACCGAUUAGCUUAAUGUUCUCCUCUUGUACAUAAAUCGAGCAUUUUUGGACGACAUAAAAAUUGUAGAGCGUCCAGAGAAAUUAUAAUUUUCGAAUCUCAAUGUAUUAUUGAAAACGGUGAAUAUUAUCAACAUAUAUAAUAUAUUAUAUAAAUAAACACAAAAGUAAUUUUAUUAAUAAAUAUUAUGAAUAGUUGGAAUUAUUUGUAACUGAAUUUACUGUAGAAUGAAAGUGAGAGAGAUCGUGUGGUAAUCGGCACCGUUUAUUUUGAAAUAAGUCUGCGGUCACGAAAUAUUAAUGAUGUAAAAAAAAUAAUUUAAACUA